CAAAGGAAAGCAAAGCAAUCCAUGUGGCUUAGUCUGAUAAUCCCCUGAAAGUAAAUUGGCCCCUGCUCUAAUCAACAUAGAGGAAAAAGUGAAAUCAUUUCAGUCUCGAGAUAACAACAAAUACUAAAUCCCAUCCCAUGCUUUGUAUGUUUUUCUACAGUGGAAUUCUCUGUUCCUUAGGAUGUAGUUAGGAUUGCACUUUUCCAGCCUUGUGCUACAUUCAUUUACUGGAAACAAACCCCAGACCUGCUUCUGUUAAUGAAGUUUGGUCUCACCAAGUCUGCCCCGUUGUGAUAGUCUGGUUCAAAGUGUUAUCUGCCCUGCCUGUUAGCUAAUACUGUACAAGACCAUACUUUCUGCCUGUUUAAGAUCUAUAAUUUUCACUGCUCUCUUUCCAGGCCUGAAUAUUAGGACACUGUAAUGCAAAGGUUGAGCAAUGCAAGACAAUAUUAUUUUUCUUUUAAAUGGCUGUCCCCUUGUUUUGAAUGACUACUACAUUCUGUUCUAAUUUUCCAGAGUUCCCUAAUCUUCUUGCAGGUUCUUAAUGAUGUAGUCAAUAAUAGGAUUGUUGGUAUUAAAUUGGAACAAUAAUGCCAGCUGCAUGCUUGGUGGCUAUUGGCAGAAGGGUGACCUUGCAGGUCAGCUAAGCAGUACUGGAAGUGCUUUGAUCUGAUCUAUACAGAGCUAGAGCUGCCUGUAUUCUAACCAGAGAAGCUGGCGAGGUCUCUCUUCAUGGGAUGCUGAUUCUUCUCCAAAGAGCACUGAGGAGAGCAUGGCAAUGGCUUUUGAUGCAAUGCUGGCUCGGAUCAAGGAUGUUUGUAAAAGGAAUGGCUUGCUCAUUCUCUCAGUAUUGUCUGUCAUAGUGGGAUGUCUGCUCGGAUUCUUCCUUAGGACCAGGCGACUCUCUCAGCAGGAAAUUAGUUAUUUCCAGUUCCCUGGGGAGUUAUUGAUGAGGAUGCUGAAAAUGUUGAUUCUACCACUAGUUGUCUCAAGCUUAAUGUCUGGGCUAGCAGCCCUGGAUGCAAAGACCUCUAGUCGAUUAGGCAUCAUAACCGUCACUUAUUAUCUGUGGACAACAUUUGUGGCUGUGAUUGUGGGAAUAAUUAUGGUCUCCAUCAUCCAUCCUGGUGGGGCAGCACAGAAGCAGAACACUGAAGAGAGUGGAAAGCCAAUUAUGAGCUCUGCAGAUGCCUUGCUAGACUUAAUUCGGAACAUGUUUCCAGCCAACCUUGUUGAAGCCACAUUCAAACAGUACCGCACCAAGAACAUCCCUAUCAUCAAAUCCAACAAAGCAGCUUCUGAAAGCACUACUCAUCGCAUCAUAAUAUAUGGGGUCCAGGAUGAGAAUGGGUCCAACGUCCAGAACUUUGCCCUGGAUAUCACUCCCCCUCCAGAAGUGAUUUACAAAUCAGAGCCAGGCACUAGCGAUGGCAUGAACGUGUUGGGGAUUGUGAUAUUCUCUGCGACUAUGGGUAUAAUGUUGGGCAGAAUGGGUAACAGUGGCAUUCCCUUGGUCAGUUUUUGUCAGUGUUUAAAUGAAUCUGUCAUGAAGAUAGUGGCAGUUGCUGUUUGGUAUUUUCCAUUUGGAAUAGUAUUUCUAAUUGCUGGCAAGAUCUUAGAAAUGGAUGAUCCCACAGCCAUUGGGAAGAAGCUAGGCUUUUAUGCCAUAACAGUGGUUUGCGGUCUGGUGGUGCAUGGACUGUUCAUUCUGCCAAUGAUGUACUUCUUUAUCACCAAGAAGAAUCCGAUUGUCUUCAUCAGAGGGAUUCUUCAAGCCUUGCUCAUUGCCCUGGCCACAUCAUCCAGCUCAGCCACAUUGCCUAUAACUUUCAAGUGCUUGCUGGAGAAUAACCAUGUGGACAGGAGGAUUGCCAGAUUCGUGCUGCCUGUGGGGGCCACGAUCAACAUGGAUGGGACCGCGCUGUACGAAGCGGUGGCAGCCAUCUUUAUUGCUCAAGUAAACAACUAUGAGCUAGACUUUGGACAGAUUAUUACUAUAAGUAUCACAGCAACAGCUGCCAGUAUAGGUGCUGCAGGGAUCCCACAAGCUGGCCUCGUGACCAUGGUCAUUGUUCUGACAUCAGUCGGGCUGCCUACAGAUGACAUCACCCUAAUUAUUGCAGUUGACUGGGCACUAGACAGAUUCAGAACAAUGAUCAACGUCCUGGGAGAUGCCCUUGCUGCUGGAAUCAUGGCUCACGUCUGCCGAAAGGAGUUCACCAAGGAUGGCGAUGAGGUGCCACUGAUCUGUGAAACUAAACCUAUUAGCAUCCACCAGCUCAUGGCUUACCAGAGAAAUGGCUGCGUGAAGCACAUGAACGAGUGUCGUGGACCCGAAAUUGUGAAAGUAUUUCAGCAUCACAUACCUGUGCAAGUGGAGCAAGAAGAAAACCCAGUGGAGAACCACAUGCGGAAAUGCACCGGUCAAGACCACUGCACUAUUGAAAUCAAUGAAUUGGAAACAAACGUGUAAUCGCUAGACUUGAUGGUAUCCGAUACCCUGUGACCUGAUACCCAAUUGCUACCUCACAGCUGGCGGGCAGGACUCUGCCUCGAAUGGAAAACCGUGGAGUUAUUGCCACACUGCUUGUACCGGAGCUCGGAGACCAGCUGUGAAUGUCAGAAAAGGCACAAGACGAGAAAGAGACGGGGGCUGCUCCAGUGGGAUGAUUUGAAUACUGGAAACUUAACCGAUGGACAGUUUUGGUUUUACUCUGGGCACGGUGGUUUGAUUCCAGCAUCGUAUGUUGACACACCUUGGCUUUUUUUGUAAAUUUUUUAUUUUGACCCUUUUUCAUUUUCUAACAAAAGCCUUUUUUGUGUGUGUGCAGCUUAUUAAUUAUGCCCACGACGUGCAUAGAUUGCUUGGUGCGUGACAGUAUUUCAGAAAACAGACUGACGCUACUUCUUCUAGUCCCUAAACAAAGGAGGUCACACUCGGGUUGAGAAUAACACUAAGAAAGCUGCACUGAUUUCCUAGUCUCUCAAGGCAAUUCUUUUAUCAUUCAUAAUGCUGCAAACUGAAAAUGGAGUGAAAUCUGUAUCCUUGCAGGGAAACAUUAAAAAAGCAAGGCUGGUGGACACACUUUGAAGACUGGUAUCAAACUGCACGGUCUAGUACAAAGACGCCUGGACUCCCGCAAAGGACAGUUUGUAUUCCAAGUGCCAGAUUCACACGUCCGUGUUUUAAAAGUCCAACUGCACUGGAGUCAGUCUCAUAUAGCCACAGUGGCAGAGCCACGUCAGCCCUCACACACACACACACACACAUACCCACGCUGGUGCUAAAGAGUGCUCAUAUAUUCUCUCCUUAAAUUUGUAGGCUCUUCUACUGUAUAUUUGUGUAAAUUUGAUGCUCAAAGCUCUUGAACAACAUGCUUCAUCCCAAGGGCAGACUAAACAGAGACUGAAAUCCAGUACAGAUGACUAAUAGUUGGGCUCCGUGGGGAGUUGGCUGUGGAAACUGGCCUGUUAUUAUUCAUUAUACCGUGGUUGGACUCUAUUGAAUGUUGUCUCUCUUGUUCAGCUAUCUACCGAAUCCUUCAGUUAAAAUCAAAUCUGCUGGGUGUGUAAUGUUUGUAAUGGAAAGCACUUUUAAUAAACCUGCCAUUGCAAAA